UCUUACCUAUAAAUACGACAUUUAUACAACCUAGUGGUUACAUAAUACAAAAGUACUAAAUUUCAAACAACAACUGGUAAAUUAGUAAACAACACCAAGGACAAUGGAGAAGAAAAUUUGUGGGCUUUUGCUUUUGCUUCUCUUCUUCUUUGCUUCUGAAAUGAAGAUGGUGGUUAAAGUUGAAGGUGCCACAUGUGCAAAACCGAGUAAAUUCUUCAAAGGUGGUUGCUUUUCUGUCAUUUCUGACUCGGCUUGUAAGAAGGCUUGUAGUCAAGAGAAUUGGCCUUCUGGAACUUGUGUGCCCGUUUACAGAUGUGAAUGUCGAAGGUCAUGUUAAUCGUGCACCGUGCGUGCUCGAUUGAUGAUGUCAUGGAUCAAUAAUUUGUAAUCUUUAUACGUAGUACUUCGUAGGAAAACAAUAAUGGGAAAAGAAAUAAAUGGUUGUUAGUAUGUACUAUACAACGGAAUUAUAGAAUAAAGGGUUGUUACUUGUUAGUGUGUAUUAUACGACGUAAUUAUUUUUAAUAACUAUUUAGCGUGUUGUCCGAGUGAUGUUUGAUGUUU